AUGGGCGCGCCGGUGUCGCCCUAGGACAGGCGCGCGGAGACCGCAGCCUAGGCAGCGAGCCUUCCCGAGCGGCGGCGGCGGCGGCGGCAGCAGCGGUAGCGGCAGGAGCAGCUCGGCCGGGAUGAGCGGCGCGGCGCCCGGCCCCGGCUCGGGCUCCUCCCCGGCCGCCUGCCGCUUCGCGCACUACUUCGUGCUCUGCGGGAUCGACGCAGACAGUGGGCUGGAGCCCGACGAGCUGGCGGUUUUGUACCAAUGGCUAGAAGCAGAUCGUCAUGGCAAGAGCCAAGAUGCUGCAAAUACGACUUCAGGUGAAAAUUUUGACCAGAGUCCUUUGAGAAGAACAUUCAAAUCCAAAGUUCUGGCCCACUAUCCUGAGAAUAUAGAAUGGAAUCCUUUUGAUCAAGAUGCAGUGAACAUGUUGUGCAUGCCUAAAGGGCUGUCUUUCAGAACUCAAACUGACAAUAAAGACCCUCAGUUCCACUCAUUUAUAAUUACCCGGGAAGAUGGUUCUCGUACCUAUGGUUUUGUUCUCACUUUUUAUGAAGAAGUUACCAGUAAGCAGAUCUGCACAGCAAUGCAGACGCUCUACCAGAUGCACAACGCAGAGCAUUAUAGCAGCGUGUAUGCCUCAUCCUCCUGCAGCAUGGAUUCGCUGGCAAGCAGUACUGACGAAGGAGAUACAACUUCCCUUUUGAAACUCCAGCGCUACAACUCCUAUGACAUCAGCAGAGACACCCUGUAUGUUUCAAAAAGUAUAUGUUUGAUCACACCACUGCCUUUCAUGCAGGCCUGCAAAAAAUUCCUCAUCCAGCUUUACAAGGCAGUUACCUCACAGCAGCCGCCACCCUUGCCGCUUGAGAGCUACAUCCAUAACAUUCUUUAUGAAGUACCCCUUCCACCUCCGGGGAGAUCACUGAAAUUUUACGGUGUUUAUGAACCUGUCAUCUGCCAGAGACCUGGGCCCAAUGAACUCCCCCUCUCCGAUUACCCUCUUCGAGAGGCCUUCGAGCUUCUGGGAUUGGAGAACCUGGUGCAGGUGUUUACCUGUGUUCUUUUAGAGAUGCAGAUUCUUCUCUACUCACAAGAUUAUCAACGCUUGAUGACUGUGGCGGAAGGCAUCACCACACUUUUGUUCCCAUUUCAAUGGCAGCAUGUUUAUGUGCCCAUCCUCCCUGCUUCUCUGCUACAUUUUCUUGAUGCUCCUGUCCCUUAUCUGAUGGGCCUUCAGUCAAAAGAAGGAACUGACCGUUCUAAACUAGAACUUCCUCAAGAGGCUAAUUUGUGUUUUGUGGAUAUUGACAACCAUUUUAUUGAAUUGCCUGAAGAGUUUCCACAGUUCCCCAAUAAGGUGGAUUUUAUCCAGGAACUCUCUGAAGUGCUUCUUCAAUUUGGUAUCCCUCCUGAGGGCAGUCUCCAUUGCAGUGAGAGUGCCACAAAACUGAAGAAUCUGGUUCUUAAGGACUUGGUUAAUGACAAGAAGAAUGGCAAUGUCUCCACUCAUAACAUCAGCAUGUAUGAGUUACUGAAGGGCAAUGAAACCAUAGCCCGCCUCCAAGCUCUGGCCAAGCGGACUGGUGUGACCGUGGAAAAAAUGGACCUCUCUGCCUCUCUGAGUGAAAAAGAAAAGGAUUUAAAGCUGCAGUGUGAAGAGGCUGAGCUAAGGGACUACCAGCUCAAUGUGCAGCUCCGCGAGGUCUUUGCCAACCGCUUCACACAGAUGUUUGCAGAUUACGAAGCAUUUGUGAUUCAGACUGCCCAGGACAUGGAGUCCUGGCUUACCAACCGAGAACAGAUGCAGAACUUUGACAAAGCUUCCUUUCUGUCUGACCAGCCUGAGCCUUACCUGCCAUUUCUUUCACGCUUCAUUGAAACACAGAUGUUUGCUACCUUUAUUGAUAAUAAAAUUAUGUCUCAGUGGGAAGAGAAAGAUUCUUUGCUACGGGUCUUUGACUCUCGGAUUGAGAAGAUAAGACUGUAUAAUGUAAGGGCACCUACCUUGAGGACAUCUAUCUAUCAGAAAUGCAGCACUUUAAAAGAAGCAGGUGAAGUCUUUAGGCAGAGGCUAUCUGCUGUUGAUAUUGUGGCACCAGAACCGCAUGAUUUCUGUGCAGAAAGACAAGUUGAUACCCAAUCAAUUGAGCAGCGACUAAUGAAAAUGGAUCACACUGCAAUCCACCCACAUCUGCUUGAUAUGAAAAUUGGUCAAGGCAAAUAUGAGCAAGGGUUCUUUCCAAAGCUACAGUCUGAUGUCUUGGCAACAGGACCAACUAAUAACAAUCGCUGGGUGAGUCGGAGCGCCACGGCGCAGCGCAGGAAAGACCGCCUUCGCCAACAUUCCGAGCACAUUGGAUUGGACAACGACCUGAGGGAGCCUUCCGGGGAACUUUUGGUCUGUCAGAACUCCAUGGCAUUCUGGGAGUGGGAUCAGGGUCUACCUCCUCCUGCACGACUUCCUAAAAAAUCCUUCUCUGAGUGCUGCCUGAAAUAUAUGCAAGAGGCGCGAAGUUUAGGAAAAAACCUGAGGCAACCCAAAUUGUCAGACCUUUCUCCUGCAGUGAUUGCACAGACCAACUGCAAAUUUGUAGAAGGCUUAUUAAAAGAAUGUAGAAUGAAGACAAAACGCAUGUUGGUGGAGAAGAUGGGACAUGAAGCAGUGGAACUGGGCCAUGGAGAAGCAAACAUAACCGGCUUGGAGGAGAACACCUUGAUCGCCAGUCUCUGUGACCUGCUGGAAAGGAUAUGGAGCCACGGCUUGCAGAUUAAGCAGGGGAAGUCAGCUUUGUGGUCACAUUUAAUUCAGUUUCAGGACAGAGAAGAGAAACAAGAGCAUCUUGCAGAAUCACCAGUUGCCCUUGGACCAGAAAGAAGAAAAUCUGACUCAGGAGUUAUGUUGCCAACACUCAGGGUCUCUCUUAUCCAAGACAUGAGGCAUAUUCAAAACAUGAGUGAGAUCAAGACUGACGUCGGACGAGCUCGGGCAUGGAUAAGACUGUCUCUAGAAAAGAAGCUCUUGUCCCAGCAUCUCAAGCAGUUGCUCUCCAACCAGCCACUCACCAAGAAGCUUUAUAAGCGUUAUGCUUUUCUACGGUGUGAAGAAGAAAGAGAGCAGUUUCUUUACCAUCUUCUUUCCCUCAAUGCUGUUGACUACUUCUGCUUCACCAGUGUGUUCACCACUAUCAUGAUUCCCUAUAGGUCAGUGAUCAUCCCCAUCAAAAAGCUGAGCAAUGCAAUCAUCACAUCGAAUCCUUGGAUCUGUGUAUCAGGGGAGCUAGGAGACACGGGAGUAAUGCAGAUUCCAAAAAAUCUCCUUGAAAUGACUUUUGAGUGCCAGAACUUGGGGAAGCUGACCACUGUUCAGAUUGGUCACGAUAACUCAGGACUGUUAGCCAAAUGGCUAGUGGAUUGUGUCAUGGUCAGAAAUGAGAUCACAGGACAUACUUACAGGUUCCCAUGUGGACGAUGGUUAGGGAAAGGCAUUGAUGACGGAAGCCUGGAGAGAAUCCUUAUUGGGGAAUUAAUGACCUCAGUGGCUGAUGAGGAUCUGGUAAAGCAGUGUCGGACUCCACCCCAGCAGAAAUCCCCCACCUCAGCUCGGAGACUGAGCAUCACUUCACUGACAGGAAAAACCACCAAACCCAAUGCUGGACAGAUCCAAGAAGGAAUUGGGGAAGCUGUAAACAAUAUUGUGAAGCAUUUUCAUAAACCUGAAAAAGAGAGAGGAAGCCUCACGGUGUUGCUGUGUGGAGAAAAUGGCCUGGUUGUGGCACUUGAACAAGUCUUCCACCAUGGCUUCAAAUCUGCCCGCAUCUUUCACAAGAAUGUCUUCAUCUGGGACUUCAUAGAGAAAGCGGUUGCUUAUUUUGAAACCACUGACCAGAUUCUAGACAAUGAAGACGAUGUCCUUAUUCAGAAAUCAUCCUGCAAAACCUUCUGCCACUAUGUAAAUGCUAUUAAUACUGCACCCAGGAACAUUGGAAAGGACGGCAAAUUCCAGAUUUUAGUUUGCCUUGGAACACGGGAUCGCCUGCUCCCACAGUGGAUCCCACUCUUAGCCGAAUGUCCUGCCAUUACCCGAAUGUAUGAGGAGAGUGCCCUCCUGCGAGACCGCAUGACUGUCAACUCUCUCAUCCGCAUUCUGCAGACCAUUCAGGACUUCACCAUAGUCUUGGAAGGAUCACUCAUCAAAGGAGUGGAUGUGUAACCCAACUGGCUAGAAGCUCUCAGUCCAGACCCCUUGCUCCUGAACCUUCCCCAACUAUGGGGACCGAUUUGGACUUGUCUGAUAAGGUAGUGAGUCACUGCAGGGGGCAACACACCAUAUUCCCCAAUUUGAACAAUCCUCACACUACAGACAAGGCAAAAUGCUGUAUUGUAGUUCAUUUGAACCUGGAAUUUAGUAUAAAAUAGAGUAUUUUCAUGUGUUAGAUGUGUGUAAAUAUGCUAUCUUCUUUAAGAAAUUAUAUUACUCUAAUAAGAUACUUUUCUUAGAUUGAAUAUUCCUGUGACUUAACAUAAGUAGCUUAACCACAUUGGGAGUUGGGAGGGAAAGAGUGGUGCUAGCCAGGAAGAAGCCAGUAAACACGUAAUUACAGUGCAACCCAGUCGGGCUUUUUUUUUUCCCUCCAGGUAUCACAGAGGAACCCAGAAUGCAUUGUUAUGUCGUAGCCAUCCAUCCUGGUGUGUCUGAUCCUUUGUAUUGUGAAUGUAAACAGCUUUACCUACUGUAUGUGAUAGUCCUCACUUCUAUAUUUUAAGUUACACUUGGUUUCAUACAUUUGAA